UUACUUGGCGUUCAAACACCUCAAUGAGAACCCCACGUCUCACUGCAAGGAGAUAGACGUACUGCUACAUUCAGACGGAUUUUAGCGCAUAACCUGUUCACAGUUCUUGAACGCACUUACAGCGGUUGAUCACGUUCAUAGUAAUGACAAGAGUCCUGUAAUAUAAAUAGGUGCUAUUUGUGUCGGUUGGUUUUGUUUAAUGUUUACGGAACACAACUGAGAUGCCUUCUGUACUCUUAACAGAAUCAAUAGCUUUAGAACUUGGUGCUCAAGAGCCGUGGCCUCAGGACGUGAAGUUAUUCCAACCCUACGAAGUAGAACAAAUAUUAUUGCCAGACAACGCAAACUGUCUUGCAGUGCAAGCAUUCUUGAAGAUGUGUGGACUGGAUUUUGAGGUGGAACCAAGGAGUAAUGCAGAGUACAUGUCACCCUCAGGUCGUGUGCCAUUUAUCAAGUGUGGUGCUUUUGUUGUUGCUGAGUUGGAUCCGAUUAUUUCUUUUGUCAACCACAAGGGCAUCAGCUUAUCUGACAAGCUAGACAGUGUACAGAAGGCGGAUAUGAGAGCUUACAUGUCUCUCAUUAACACAGUUCUUGCCAAUGCUGAGUUGUAUAUAACAUGGUGUGACAAAACAACACUGCAAGAAGUAACAAAACCACGCUUUGGUUCUGUCCUACCUUGGCCGCUGAAUCACAUCUUAGCCUGGCAGAAACGUAGCCAAGUGGUGAAGAAGCUUGGGGUUUUGGGCUGGGGAAACAAAACACUGGAUGAGGUGUACGAGGAGAUUGAGAACUGCUGCAGUGCCUUGUCAGAGAGGCUUGAAAAUCGACCCUACUUCUUUGGAGACAGACCGACCGAGUUGGAUGCACAAGUAUUUGGACACCUCUUCACAAUUCUGACCACUCCACUCCCCAAUAACCGGUUUGCAAGCAUUGUUCGAGGCUACCCUAAUCUCAUUGAGUUGUGCAAACUUGUGGAGAAGGAAUAUUUUGAGAGGACAGCAGAGGCUUGAUGCAGCCAUCAUGAUUGAUACAGUGUUGAUGGGACUUCCUUCAGAAAUACUGAGCCACUGGGUGACCACUUGUAUUGUUAAGGUUCUGUUUUCAUAUUUUGCGUUUGAUCAUAACCCAUAGCUGUUUCUGUUAUGGAUGUGUUAUAUGCUGUUAUAUUAUUCUCAUGUAUGUAUAACUGUUUUCUUCUUGAGUUGUGGUCAGUAUCAGCCUCCAGGUGCACUAAUCAAAAAGGUCUUGGUUACAUAAAAGUAAACAAAUUUUAAAAUUAAUUGUAUUAUGCUGAUUGGAAAUCUGAAGAAAAAGAAUUCCAUGCCACAAUUUUGUACAUUGAAUUAUGUGCCAAAACAGCAUGUUUUCCACUUUCACAUUCUUUUCUUACUGCUCUUAGAAUUCUGAUCAGUUGUAGUAUGAAAUAAUGAGGUUCUAUCCUCAAUAUCAUCAUCAUAAGUGGUAAGCAUGUGGUCAUUUUUUAACCACUUUAUAAAGUGAAGCGUUUUAAUGGUACAUUUUUUCUAUCUAAAUCCAAAAUUUUGUAAUAGAAGAGAAAUGAUUACAGUGGUUUGGCCAUGAGAGAAGAAUGGACAGAACUUGGGUAUCACAGAGGACAUUAAAAGAAUGAGACCUGUAGGACAACCACAAGCAAGAUGACUGGGCAGGUACUAGAAGACACAAAAAGUGAGAAAGGAGCUGGUAAGAAAUAAAAAAGAAAGACAUGGGCAUAUAGAAGAGAUAAAAGAAUUUUCAUCCGUUGACCCAUAUGAAACAGAAGCAGUACUAGAAGAUGAAUACAUUUUUAAAGUAUGUAUUUCAUAUUUCAUGCUAAAUUGUCUGUUAUUGAACUUCAGAAAAAGAAAAAGUAGAUUCUGAUAUUCACAUUGCAGGACAAAGAUGUGUAUGCCCAGCAGAGAAACUUGCAGUUUGAUACUGACUGUGAAUCAGAUUGGGGUUAUGUAUUCCCUGUACCAAAAAACUGUGACUAAUUCAAGAGAUAUGGAAUGAGGUUGAUAAGCAGAGAAAUCCACACUUGAUCUGGCUGGAUCUUUAACACAGGACCUCUGAUAAGUGAAGUAUGUGCCUAACUAUAAAACAUGAGGUCCUCACCUUUUCAUUGAUGUGAGACUGAAAUUUUUCUUCACUCUUGCCAAAAAUGGCAUUUUCAUCUGUGAUACUCCUGUCUGUCCUUAUUCAUGUUCAGUGGGUCAUAUAACUGAAUUCAGUCAGUUGGUGCUGGUAGUAUAGAGCUCUGUAAAUUGAUUUUCAUAUUGUUGACUGCCUUAAAAGUGUUUGUCCAGCAUGCCAUAUCCAUGACUUUUUCAUCAGUCUGUGAUUAGUGGCUCUGUGUUCUCAGUGGGUGCCAUGGUAGUUUUGUUCCUUAUGUUUAUGAAGUUGGGAGAUGUGCAUUUAGAGUUGAUUUGUACAUUGUUUUAUUAUGCUGGUAAUAAAGGAUUAUUUUAGUUGCAGAAC